CAGCCGUGGGCCCGGUCGGCCUCGAAGCCGAGCAGGGGAGUGCAGAGCCCGUCGGCCGCCUGCCCGGCCAGGAGCAGCCCGCCGGCCGCGCCGUGCCCGUAGCCCAGCACGGCGUGCAGGAAGGGCAGCAGGCUCUGCCCUGUCCACAAUUCCUCGUCCCCACGCUGGCUGCUGAUUGGUCGAGCAGCUAGCCGCGCGCGCGUGCCGCGUCUGCCAGCCGAGGCCCCCUUUCCGCCGCUUCCAUCUGACGUCAUCAGAUCCAGCCAAUCCGCGUGGGACUGCGCUCAACGAGUCGGCCCUGAGCGGCCAAUCGGGGGCGGUGCGGCGGGAGCCUCGUUUGCAUAAUAAUAGAGGGGCGUGGUCAGGGUGCUGACUGAGACCCCCGCCCAUGGCCCACAGCGCCAAGCAGCCGCCUGCCGCCCUGCUACAUACCACGGGCAAGGCUCAGCAUGGAAACUUCUUGGUGGCCAUCAAACAGGAGAAGGGAGAGUCAGCGCGGGUGGGCGGGGAGAAGCCAGAGGAGGAGCCGGUGAAGAAGAGGGGCUGGCCCAAGGGCAAGAAGAGGAAGAAGAUCCUUCCUAACGGCCCCAAAGCCCCUGUGACGGGCUACGUGCGCUUCCUGAAUGAGCGGCGCGAGCAGAUCCGCACGCAGCAUCCUGACCUGCCCUUCCCAGAGAUCACGAAGAUGUUGGGAGCAGAGUGGAGCAAACUGCAGCUCUCAGAGAAGCAGCGGUACCUGGACGAGGCUGAGCGGGAGAAGCAGCAGUACAUGAAGGAGCUGCGGGAAUAUCAGCAGUCAGAGGCCUACAAAAUGUGCACGGAGAAGAUCCAGGAGAAAAAGAUCAAAAAAGAGGACAUGGGCACGGUGGCCGUGAACACCCUACUCAACGGACACCCGCACAAGGCUGGCGAGUGCAGCGACACUUUCUCCACCUUUGAUGUGCCCAUCUUCACCGAGGAGUUCUUGGACCAAAACAAGGCCCGGGAGGCCGAGCUGCGGCGCCUGCGCAAGAUGAACACGGAGUUUGAGGAGCAGAACGCCAUCCUGCAGAAGCACACGGAGAGCAUGAACUGCGCCAAGGAGAAGCUGGAGCAGGAGCUGGCGCAGGAGGAGCGGCAGACCCUGGCUCUGCAGCAGCAGCUCCAGUCUGUGCGGCAGGCCCUCACUGCCAGCUUUGCCUCCCUCCCAAUCCCCGGCACUGGGGAGACCCCCACGCUGAGCACCCUGGACUUCUACAUGGCCAAACUGCACAGUGCCAUUGAGAGCAACCCCCUGCAGCAUGAGCCCCUGGUGCUGCGUGUCAAGGAGAUCCUGUCCCGGAUUGCCAGUGAACACUUGUGAGAGGACCAGUCCUUCCAGACCCCAGGCCUGGCUGGACCCUGGGCCUGUCCCUUGGAGCUCACUCAAGGGACAGUCUCUGCAGGGGGUCUGGCUGCUCCCCCUGCCCCUUGCACCUUCCUGCAGCUGGGACCCCCCAGCCUGGACCGCCCGACCCACGACUGCACCAGCCCCAGGGACCUUGAGCUUCGGGGGACAAGCAGUGACCAGGCUGAGAGCCCAGCUGGGACAGCACUGGGAGAGGGUCAGCAUUGGUGUGAGCACCCCCAACUCUCCCCUGGGCCCCCCAGCCCUGCCUUGCCAGCCAGGGGCUGCCUGAAGCCUGACUAGGGCAGCACUGGUGGGUUUAGGCCUGGAGUGAACAUACCCCUUUAGGGUGAACUGGGGCUGUGGGGAUGGGGGACACUGAGGGGUGACCGGGACCCCCUUGAUCCUGGUGCUGCCUCCUGUCCCCUGGCCAGUUUAGGAGCCCCUUGGUCCCAUCUCAGCAAUGCCUUGAGGGCAACUCCUUCCCGCCGCCUGCCUCAGCUUUUAUUUAAUGGGUGCCUUCAGCCCCUGCCCCUGUCACUCUGCUUGGCUCCCCUUCAUAUCUGGGACCAGGCAGCAAGCUUCUGAAAGCAAUAAAACUCUUCAGGCCAGAGGGGAGCUGGAACUGAAGCCCUCCUGGAGCACAGGAGAACUGGGACUGGCCUCUUCCCAUGGUGGGGACCCCUGGAAGAAGGGAGCUGGGACCCACCUUGUACUAGGGUGGGGACCUCUGUAGCAGUGGAGCUGUGACCGACCCCUUCCUGCUUGCAGGGAUCCUGGGUGUGCUGCACUGGCUUUUGCCUCCUGCCCCCUUUUGCCUGAGCCCCCUUGCUCUUGUGGGACCACUGUGCUGGCAGCCGGGGUUGGGGCUGGUGCCCCCGGGACUGCCUGUCAUUAAUCUCAGACUGUGUAAUUAGAGAGUGUCUUAUUUUCUUACUUAGCACUACAUGGGCCUGGCCCUGGCCCUGGGUCUGAUGGGGACCGGGGUGUUCGCACCCCUCCCUCGCUUGCCAGGCCUGCGCUGUGCAUCUGCCAUUUGCCAUCUCCUGGUGCCCCUGGGCUGGGGAUGGAGAUGGGAGCAAAUAAAUGUUGGAGAAAACCA